UGGAGCCAAAGCAUAUGAGGCAUAGUGGGACUUGAGAGAGAUUAAUUUCUGCUUCAUGUUUCAUCUCCUUCCUCCCACCCUUCCCCCCCUUCCCCUUGGUUCAUCAACUUCCCCUCUUCUCCCCAUUUUUCUACCUUUUUUUUUUUCUUUCUUUCUAAGAUGGUGAGACCACCAUGUUGUGAUAAACUGAAUGUGAAGAGGGGUCUUUGGACAGCAGAGGAGGAUGCAAAGAUACUUGCCCAUGUAUCAAAACAUGGGACGGGCAACUGGACAGCAGUUCCCAAAAAAGCAGGACUGAGAAGAUGCGGGAAGAGUUGCAGGCUAAGGUGGACUAAUUAUUUGAGGCCUGAUCUGAAGCAUGAGAGCUUUACACCCCAAGAAGAGGAGUUGAUUGUUAGACUUCAUGCAACCAUAGGCAGCAGGUGGUCUAUAAUAGCCCAACAGCUUCCUGGGAGAACAGAUAAUGACGUAAAGAACUACUGGAACACCAAGCUGAGAAAGAAGCUCUCUGAAAUGGGGAUUGAUCCCAUUACCCAUAAACCCUUCUCUCAGAUCCUUGCUGAUUAUGGAAACAUUGGAGGCCUCCCAAAGAAUGGAACCCGAAUUGGGUCUCUCACCAGAGACUUGAAGAAUGCUCUCAUGUUGAAAUCAGACCAAUCAUCAGCAAUCACUUCAGAAGAAUUCUCAAAACCAGAAGCAGCUCAAGAAAUCUUCUUGACCAACAAUCGUAACAGCCACGAUAACCCGUCAAUGAAUCUUCUCACUCAGCUUAAAGCCAUAAAACUGGUCACAGAAGCCUCAAGUUGCAUCCACCAUGGAAACAUCUCUUCAUUGUCGUCACCAUCAUCAUCUUCUACAUGCUUGACCCCAAAAGCAAAGUCACUCCAUACAUUUAGCUGGAGCGACUUCCUUCUAGAGGAUGCAUUUUUAUCAUCUGAUCCGCAAGAGCAAGAAAACAUGUCAAAGGGUAACUUGGACCUGCAGAGUGAGCCGAAUGCAGAUGGACAACGGCAAGUUGACCCAAUUGAAGAGAUGACCAACACAGUCCUUAGCAAUGGCGCCUCUGAAGCUUCAUCAUCCUAUGAUAGUUCAUUUCUGGAAGCCAUGCUAGACCGAGAAAACGAUAUGUUCUUGGAGUUCCCUAGCCUUCUGGAGGAACCUUUCUACUACUGAAUUCACACCAAUUAAGUUAAUUUGAUAGAACUAUAAUGUUAGCCCUUCAAGGAAUCACACAUUAGAAUUUGUCUGCUCAAUGGUUUAAGGUAAGUGAACAAUCCAAAUCAUUAAUGUUUCUCUA